UGGCAGGCUCCUGGACCGGACGAUGCUCGAGGUCCUUGCCCAGGGCUCAACACCCUAGCGAACCACGGUUUGCUGCCGCACUCUGGUAAAAACAUUACACAAGCGGACCUCUCCUAUGCUAUGAAGGUCGGGGUGAAUCAAGACGAAACUAUUUCCGUCCCGCUCUUUGAAGUAGCGGCGACCACGAAUCCCGCCGGAUGGGGCAACACCUUCUUUGACCUGCACACCUUGGGCACCCACAACAUCGUGGAGCAUGAUGCGAGUCUCAGGCAUGACGCCUACUUUGGCAACCAGGAUAUCUUCAACUCGACCGUCUUCCAGAGGACACUCGCCGAGUGGACUGACGACGUGAUCACCAUCAACAGCUCGGCAGCAGCACGCGCCAGGGCGAUCAGGAACUCGAACGCGACUAAUCCUGAGUUUGGCCUGUCCAGCCUGGCCCAAGGGUUCUCGACCGGCGAGAGCAUCGCGUUCAUCUUGGUCUUUGGGAAUGUGACGACUGGUGUAGUCGAGACUGCGCCGGUUGUGUACUGGUUUGGUAAGUCUAGACUUGUUUCAUCUCUC